UUGCAGCUUCAGUUUCCCCCGUUGCCGCCUUUAUCAGCAGGAUAAAACGCCUGCAUCCUUUGAAUCAUGGGCGAUCAAAGCUGCUGUGAUUAUGUCAAAAUGUGACAUGAAGGCAAUACUGAUGCAACACCUGUUUGAGAUGCGAUGUGUCGAGUGAGGUUUGAAACGACAAUGAAAAGACUUCACUGACAACAAAGCGCCGAGCCAUGCAGGGAGCAAAGUGAGUGCAGAUUAAAAACACUGAUGCAUCUUUUUUUCUUUUUUUUUUAAAGCAUUAUCUCUGUGUGUGCGUGUUUAUCAGAAGCCUGUUGACUUACCAAUGCGUGUCCAAUUUCUUUCUCCUUUUUUGUCUAGCCACAUCCUUUUUAUUUCUCCUGACCCGUCCGUUUUUCUUGCUUGCUCUAAAACUUCCUUCUCCUUUGACAGCGCUUGCCAGUUCAAAAGGAAACGUUUCUGCCCAAUAUCCAUGAGGUUUGGUUUUAGCUGAUUAAAGGGUGAAUGUUGGACGAGGCGAUAUGCAAUAUACCUUACACAUAUAUGUCUACAUAUAUAUAGUUUAAGUUAAAUAUUCUCUGCGUUAUUAAGGGUGGGAAUCUCCAGAGGCGUCAUGCCACAAUAAUGCUGUCCACUGUUAUUGUGAUAUCAAAUUAUACAUAUAUAUACCUGGAAUUCGACCCCCUGCACAGCUAUGCAAACUUGUUUGUAUAACAUAUAACUGAAUGUUUCAUAUAGUAAACAUAAUAAUAAUGAUAAUAAUAAUAAUAAUUAAUCUACUUCUACAACAAAACUGAUUCUAAGUGAAGUUUGCACUGAAACACAACCCAUAAAACCAACGACGAGCAUGUACCCACCAUGGACGUCCAAUUAGACGGAGCAGUGGGUGGGAAUUGUACAAAAGUGGGCGGGGCUAACACCAUAAACUCAAGAGUUUAAGGUCAAAGAUCUUAAUCACAGUUCACAUUUCUUCUAAAUCAUCUUCCUCCAAGAAGUUCAAAGUCACCCAUUGCAUAUCAAAGUCCCUCUUCUUCUAAAAAUGGUUUGUCUGAUGCCUUUGAAAAUUUUGGGGCUCAAUCACUGCCCAGUUCAUUAUUAUGACUUUGAUGUUUUUCAAGACCAUAAUGGCUUUAAAGAUCUUUCAUCUAACCAUAACACAAGGGCAUGUACCUCAGAGGCGUGGUGUCAUUGCCAUUCUCUCUUUGGACACAUGCUGGAGCAUCGACUGCUCCAUUAUAAUGGAACCUACUGGAGGCAUGAGACAAGAAAUAGCAGCGGUGCAGGUCUACCUGAAGAGGCUUCUGGAAAUGGCCGGGAAGGUGGAAUCACACAAGGUCGAGCUGUUUGCCGACAGGCUAGGCGUCGCGCUGCGUGAGACCUUCGUAGGACACUGGUACCCCGAAAACCCCAGCAAAGGACAGGCAUACAGGUGCAUCCGAGUCAACAGGUUCAACAAGGAGGAUCCAGUGAUCCUCCGUGCCUGCAGAGAGAGUGGAGUUCAGUACAGUGACCUGGGACUGCCCUAUGAAUUCACACUGUGGGUGGAUCCUGGGGAGGUCUGGUGCAGGUACGGAGAAGGCAGUAUGAUCUUCUCAGUGGCCACUUUCUCCAGUGACGGGGAACAGGACAAACAGUGACAUGGGACUUACACACAGAUUCUUCCACCAACAAAGAGAGGACAUGCACUCCCCCCUCUUAUCAUUGACACCAGCCACUGUUCCAAGGGAUUAAACCCAGACGCUCCUGAGUGGUAUCCAAGGAAAAACAUGAACCCUCCCUACACACGAAGACAGUUACUGCUCAGAGACUUGGUCAGGAUACACAGAUGGGUCACAGUGUGUUGCCAAGUAGUAUGCAAGUUAUUUUUCUUCCCCAAAAACGAAUAAAUGUAUAAAUAAUAAAUUGUAUGUGUUUGUUAUUUUGGUCUCCAAUGUUUCCCUGGCUGAUUGUGAGAAUAUGUGUUAA